AUAUUUGAAACAUUCGAUUAGGCCGGAGCUCGAUCAAUUCUUCGCCGCCGCCGUUUCUAUCUUCCACCGGCCGGUCAGGACUCCUCAUUCAUCUUGCAAUGGCUGGUUUUUUUACGGUGCUUAAUUUCGUAUUAUUUUUGUUAUCAUUGGGCCGACUGCUGGUCAAAAUCUGGAGAAGUCCCAAGCCUAAAUCUCUCAUCGAAGUACAACUGUCCGCCCUUUCAGAGAAUUUUAUAGAUGACCUUCGAGAAUUAGUUGAAAAAUAUUCCGGCAGGGAGGAUUUUAGCAAUUAUGGCCGUGAAUUAGUGAAGCUCCAAACAGAGUACUACCGUAAAGUUACUGAAGUAUUGCCGUUGGAUAAUAAGAGCAUCUCCAAUGCUAUAAUGUCCACGGUGCACAUGUGGCAUGAGUGAUAGCCACAUAAGUAUUAGCAAAUAAAUUAUUUCUCUCCUUAUUUGAAUGAUUUUAUACAAUUUUGGUAAGUUUUUCCCUGCAAUGUCAACAUCAAUGUCAACAUUAGACGGUCUCCUUGACAUUGUGGACAAAAACUUACCAAAACUGUAUAAAAUCAUUUAAAUAAGGAGAGAAAUAAUUUAUAUACUAAUAUUUAUGUGGUCAUCUCUCAUGCCACGUGUGCACCGUGCACAUUGUACCAUUGAAGAUGCUCUAAAUGAACUAGAAUGUCAAGUAUCCAGAUCGAGGAACAUAAUAAAUGAGUGAGUUUGACUAUCAAGUAGAUUUAUCCAUCCAAGAAUUUAUAUAUUUACAUCCGGAGUAUAAAUUAGUACAUGUAGUCUUCUUAAUCGAUCUAUGCAACUUUCAAGAUUGAAGUAUUGUCAUGUGUAUUUGUGUAUUGGUUUGAUUGGUUACUACUUGUUACUCAAUAUAAUACUAGUACGUAGUAUUGUUUUUUAUUCAGUAUAUGGGACUAUAGACUAUGGAGA